AUGUCGAGCUUCGUCCCACAGGAUUUCUCGUGGACAUCAAUCCCGACCGAACUUCUCGCCGCCGAACUAGCACGUCGCGAUGACGUCGACACAAAGCCCAAGUGCGGCAGUAAAGACAGGGGACACUAUGACACGGCUCUACACGUCUUUGCCCUUGGGCUGGUCUUGUUUCUGAGCACAUGCUCUUGUGCAUUUCCCCUCGUCACGAACCGAUCCGGCGGCGGGCGACGACAGACGAAAAUAGUAUUCAUAUGCCAACACUUUGGCACCGGAGUGCUCAUCGCGACGGCAUUUGUCCACCUACUACCGACAGCCUUCCUCUCCUUAACCGACCCUUGUCUGCCCCAUGUUUUUAGCAAGGGAUAUACGGCCAUGGCUGGCCUCGUGGCCAUGACGGCCGCCCUCGUCGUCGUUUCGGUCGAAUCAUACCUCACUACCCGCGGCGGUCUGACACACAGCCACAGCCAUCACCAUGUAUGGGACGAGGAUGAUGCGGAAGAAGAGGAGAACGGCAACAAAACCCAUGGCAUCAACGGGGCGAGCAAUAGCGGUGGGAUGGCCGCCCGUCGGGAAAGGCGUCCCUCGAAUAUCAUGCUGGAUGACAUCAGCGCCUCGGAAGGUCUCAUGGCCGGCGCCUCACCGCUCCCCGAGUCUCCACCGCUCUCUGCAUCUGCGCCAGUCUUGCCCUCUACGAACGGCAGGAAAAACUUGAACGGGGAUGCACACCAACCACAAGAAAGAAGCAAGGACAUCUACCAACGACGUGACUCCUCGUCUUCGUCCCGGGAGUCCCUGGACCUAGAACUGAACCUCGACGAGCUCGACCCCGUCCCCGAGCACGACGCUCAGCCCCCAGCCCCACCACGGCAGCAACGCGACCGCAUGCUGGGGCAGACAUCAGCAGCGCCGCCGGCGGACGAGCAAAAACGGCUCCUGCUGCAGUGCCUGCUCCUCGAGGCCGGCAUCCUCUUCCACAGCGUCUUUAUCGGCAUGGCGCUGUCAGUGGCGACGGGGCCCGCCUUUGUCGUGUUCCUGGUGGCGAUAUCGUUCCACCAGUCGUUCGAGGGCCUGGCGCUCGGGUCGCGCAUCGCGGCGAUCCACUUCCCGCGGUCGUCGCUCCGGCCGUGGCUGAUGGUGCUGGCGUACGGCACGACGACGCCAAUCGGCCAGGCCAUCGGGCUGCUGGUGCACAACAUGUACGACCCGCGCAGCCAGGCGGGCCUGCUCAUGGUCGGCUUCAUGAACGCCAUCAGCGCGGGCCUGCUGCUCUUUGCCGGACUCGUCCAGCUCCUGGCCGAGGACUUUUUGAGCGAGAAGAGCUACCGUGUCCUGCAGGGGAGGCGGCGAACCGAAGCGUUCCUGGCCGUGUUUGGGGGCGCGGGGUUAAUGGCUGUGGUGGGGGCUUUUGCAUGA